GCCAUCGUUCCGCGACGGGGGAGUUGGCGUGGGAUAGCGAAGCGGGAGGUUUGCAAUGCAAGAGGAGCUGGCAGGGAUGGAGGCGAAGCUGGAGAAGGUGAGCGGGUGUGGAAGCGACCCCCCCCUCUCUCUCCCUGGGAUCUUUCCGGAGAGGAAAGCGCUUUGCAGAUGGGAAGGGCGAACUGAAGAGCGAGAAGGCAGUGCUGCAGGAGAGUAAAGGGCGAGUGGUCAGGGGAAAGCCGAGCAAACGAGGAAAUUUUUACUAAGCGCCCACCUGAAUGGCACUGGGGUAGUGCCAGAUUUACUUAGAAGCUAAACAAGCUGCAGCUUAGGGCGCCACUCUCUUGGGGCCCCCCCCAAAAAAAAAUUAAAGGGAAAAAACUGGAUGUACAUUUCCAAACUAUAAGAUGAAAAACAAAUAAAAUAAAACCUAUAUACAGCAACAGUGUUUUGUGUUGUGUAGGCUCCUAUGAUGUAGGUAAUGGGCCCUGCCUGCUAGCCUGCUCCCUAAAAUAUCACUGGUUUGCUCAUUUCUAUAUAUAGGGUAGGGACGCGGGUGGCGCUGUGGGUUAAACCACAGAGCCUAGGACUUGCCAAUUGGAAGGUCGGUGGUUCUAAUCCCCACGACGGGGUGAGCUCCCGUUGCUUGGUCUCAGCUCCUGCCAACCUAGCAGUUCGAAAGCAUGUCAAAGUGCAAGUAGAUAACUAGGUACCACUCCGGCGGGAAGGUGAAUGGCGUUUCUGUGCGCUGCUCUGGUUCGCCAGAAGCGGCUUAGUCAUGCUGGCCACAUGACCCGGAAGCUGUACGCCGGCUCCCUCGGCCAAUAAAGCAAGAUGAGCGCCGCAACCCCAGAGUCGGCCACGACUGGACCUAAUGGUCAGGGGUCCCUUUACCUUUAUAUAUAGGGUGCCUACAUUCUGCAUGGACUGGCUGCAUGGCAACAUGUGCAAAUGGUUUUAGAUACCUAUUAGGUCCAUAAAUUACCAUAUAGCAUAUAUUCCACACACAAAAACAGUGACCAUUUGUUGUUGACAAAGGAAAGCUGGACAUAUAAAGGGCCCCAUUACCUGCAGUUGCUUAGGGCCUCAUCAAACCUAAAUCUGGCCCUGCUCAUAACCCUUGUCUUUACCCUUCAUUACCCCUGAGCUGUGUCUUGUAUUUUUAAACUCCAGCUUAUUCUAAGCCGAGUUGCGUGACCAUUGGGGCACAUGCUGGGAACCAUAGGAAAAGCUCUUAGGAGGUAUUUCCCAGUGACCUGCUGAAACAGGUAGGAUUUGUAACUGGGGACACAUUGGACAUACCCUUUUUCGGUACCCGCAAUGCACAAAUAGCCCCUUUAAGGGGACUGGGGUCUCCGAAACAGAAUGUGCAGUUCACGGUGAGUUGGGAGCCACAGGAAACACUAGAAAAUCCAAGGGUGUUCCUUUGGAGCUCAGGAAGCUGUCAGAGACAUCGGUUGCCACAAUCACUGGUUUGCUCAUUUCAGUGAUCCGUGCGACGGUCACCUCCAGGCUUGAUUAUUGUAACUCGCUCUACGUGGGACUGCCCUUGAAGCUGACCCAGAAACUCCAGCGGGUGCAGAAUGCCGCAGCGAGGCUCCUUAUGGGGUCCUUGCCACGGGAUCACAUUCACCCAGUGCUUUACCAACUGCACUGGCUCCCGGUGGAGUACAGGGUCGGGUUUAAGGUGCUGGUUUUGACCUUUAAAUCCCUACGCGGUCUAGGACCCACGUACCUACGGGACCGCCUCUCCUGGUAUGCCCCGCGGAGGACCUUAAGGACCAAAAAUGACAACACUUUGGAGGUUCCAGGUUGCAAGGUGGUUAGUUUUGUCUCAACUAGGGCCAGGGCCUUUUCAGUACUGGCCCCGACUUUGUGGAACGCUCUGUCACAAGAGACUAGGGCCCUGCGGGACUUGACAUCUUUUCACAGGGCCUGCAAGACAGAGCUGUUCUGCCUGGCCUUUGGUUUGGACUCAGUCUGACCCUUAUGUUUCCUUCCCCUUAUGGUUUCGAUCUAUGGGCUACUUUCAAAAUGAGGCUGCAUUUUAAAUUGCAUUUUAACCUGUAUUUUAAAUUGGUUUUUUCCCCUAUUUUAUUUUUAAUGGAAUUUUACUGGUGUUAGCCGCCCUGAGCCCGGCUCUGGCUGGGGAGGGCUGGGUAUAAAUAAAAUUUAUUAUUAUUAUUCUAUAUACAUGGUGCCUACAUUCUGCUGUUUAUAAUUAUUAAUAGUUUGCAUCAUUUAUUUACACCUAUUACUAUUUCAUGUUUUAGCAAGUUUCUAGAAUCUAGAUUAUGAGUCUUUGUAAAGUGUGUUUCUAAAGGAACUUUUGUUAUUGCCAAAUGACAAUGUGUUUGCAUUAUUAAGUUUGUUAUAAAUAAAAAAUCAUUUUAAGUUAGAGCUUAAUAAUUAUUUCACUAUUAAUAUACUUCUUAAUUGUAUUUGAGUUCAACAAUUACUUUGAUAAAAGGUAUUUUUGUUAUGUGCAAAUGGCUUUAGAUACCUAUUAGGUCCAUAAAUUACCAUGUAGCAUAUAUUCAACACAAAAAAGCGACAGUUUUGUGGUUGACAAAGGACAGCUGGACAUAUAAAGGCCCCCAUUGCCUUCAGUAGCUUAGGGCCUCAUCAAACCUAAAUCCGGCCCUGCACAGGGGGAGGGCAUUUCAGAGAGUAGGGGCCACCCCAGAGAAGGCGCUGCUGCUAGAUGAAACUCAGAAGGUCUUGUCUUUAUCAGCAAGGCCUCCUCUGGUGAUCUUGAUUAUCUACACGCCUGCAUAAGGGAAGGUGGUCCUGUAACAUCCCAGCCACCAGCAAUGUUUAUCCUUAGGUAAAGGUAAAGGACCUCUGACAGUUAAGUUCAGUCGCGAAUGACUCUGGGAUUGUGGCUCUCAUCACGCUUUACAGGCUAAGGGAGCCGGCAUUUGUCUGCAGACAUUUUUCCGGGUCAUGUGGCCAGCAUGACCAAGCCGCUUCUGGUGAUACCAGAGCAGCGCACAGAAACACCUUUUACCUUCCUGCCAGAGCGGUACCUAUUUAUCUACUUGCACUGGUGUGCUUUUGAACUACUAGGCUGGCAGGAGCUAGGACAGAGCAACGGGAGCUCAUCCCGUCGCAGGGAUUCGAACCACCAACCUUCCGAUCGGCAAGCCCUAGGCUCAGUGGUUUAGAUUACAGCACCACCCGCGUCCCAUGUUUAUCCUUACGGUAUUAUAUUAUAAUAAUUAAAUAACUGCAGCAUCUUUUAUAAUGAUGCAAGGCUGUAAAUAACAACAACAACAAUAGUAAUAUGAAUAAGUCAUUCAUCCUUGGUUUCUUUCCGCUUUUCCCGUUAGGUUGCUUCGUGGCUGAAGAAGACCUUUGGGGAUCAGCCCAUCCCUCCAUACGAAGCCGAUGCGCGGACGGUGGAUAUUUUGUACGAGCUGGCAGAAUGCAAUGAGUCCAGGGAUGGGGACGUCCGCCUGUUAAUCGAGGACAUGAAGCAGAAGGCGGAAGAGUACGAAUCUGACGGUGAGACCGAAAGCUUAAAUUCGAAGUUGCGGCGGGUAGGUGUCUCUUAAAACACACACUUUAGUACAGGGGUCAGCAAACUUUUCCAGCAGGGGGCCAGUCCACUGUCCCUCAGACCUUGUGGGGGGCCGGACUAUAUUUUUAAGCAGCCCCGGUGGCUGCUUACCUGUGUCUUGCGAGCGGCCAGGGCUAGCAGCGGCGGAGGGACGAUGAGUGGUGUGCGAAAGGGCUCCAGAGAGGGGCUGCUUAAAAUGGCGGCCACUCAAGUGCUGCUGCUGCUGGCACCAACAAAACCCAGCCCCCUUCCUCCUCUAGGCAGGGCAGGGAGAAGCCAGGAGGAGGGAGGGAGGAGGCGCCGCCGCCGUGGGAGGGAGAGGGAAAGAACGUGUGCAUUGGCAAUCCAUGCAGGGAUUCCCUGACCAUCCACGGGCCGGAUCCAGAAGGCAAUUGGGCCUGAUCCAGCCUGUGGGUCUUAGUUUGCCUACCUAUGCAUUAGAAUAGUAAUAGUAGUAGUAGUAGUAGUAGUAGUAAUAAUAAUAAUAAUUUAUUAUUUAUACCCCGCCCAUCUGGCUGGGUUUCCCCAGCCACUCUGGGCGGCUUCCAACAGAACACUAAAAUACAAUAACCUAACACUAAAAUACAAUAACCUCUCUCCUCCUUAUUAUAGUUCUUUAAAACUGUAUGUCAGGGAUGGCCAACUCUCCUCAAUCCCAGCCAGCAUGUCCCAAAGAUUGGGGACUAUAGGAGUUUGGAGUCCCAACAACAUCUGCAGGGCACUAUAUUGGCUAUUCCUGUUGCACACAACAACUGUCUUCGGUGUAGUCUCUCCUCCAGUCAAGGCACCAAUUUUUGAACUACUCAGAGUUCCUCUCUUCUGUGGCCUGCUUCAUAGAAAUGUGUUUUUUAAUACAUAUAUAUUUCCCCCCAGGCACCUACCUACAGGAUCUUCUGACCGAGAGUCUGAAUCUUUCUUUCAGCAACAUGUCUAAGGGCAGCACCAGCUAUCUGAACACAUUGGUAGACACAGCUUUAGCCCUUGAAACAAAGGACACUUCCCUUGCAAGGUAAUGUGUGCCUUUGGUUUUCUCUGUUAUUGGAUAAGCUUCUUUUGGGUGUUCAGUCUCACGCUCGGUUUGCAUGAAGAAGCACUGCAGUUUGAUGAACUUUUAAUGCCUUUUGCACCUACAGUCUUACUGAGAGAUGGAUAUGAGAGAGGGUUUUAAAGAGAGAAUCACGUCCUGUUUUUGUCUGAAUGGUUUGUCUGUUUUUACAAUCGGAAUUGUUUUAGCCUGUGUUUAUAUCACAUAGUUGCAAUCAGCAACCUGGGAGCUUACAGUGAAGGGCGGGUAAGAAAUCCUAAAAAUAAACAGAACAAAUAAAUGUUCUACUACUCUGGAAUGGGUUGUUUAUACAAGUAGUUCAAGGCUGCAAUUAUAAAUACACUUACUAGGGUGUAAGCCUCACUCAACCUUCCUGUGAAUGAACUUUUCACAGACAGUGCGCUUUCAUGAAUGGAUGGUCCAAAAAAAACCCAUAAUCCUUUAAAAAAAAAAAUUGUGUGUGUCCUGUGUUGUUAAUGAAAGCUAUUUUACCUGUUGGUGUAAUGAAUUUGUUUAAUAAACAAAAUCUAUUGCGUAUUUAAUUGUAUAUAUUUAAUUAAAUAUAUUGUGUAUAUUAAAUAAUAUUGAAUACAGUCAUACCUCGGGUUGAACGUGCUUCAGGUUGAGCGCUUUCGGGUUGCGCUCCGCUGCAACCUGGAAGUAACGGAGCGCGUUACUUCCGGGUUUCGCCGCAUGCGCAGACUCUCAAAAUGACGUCAUGCACAUGCGCGGAAGCGGCAAAACGUGACCUGCACACACACAGGUGCACCGUCGCGUCUUACGUUCUAUUCAGGAUGCGAACGGGGCUCCGGAACAGAUCCCGUUCGCAUCCCGAGGUACCACUAUACAGUGGUACCUCAGGUUACAUACGCUUCAGGUUUCAGACGCUUCAGGUUACAGACUCUGUUAACCCAGAAAUAGUACCUCGGGUUAAGAACUUUGCUUCAGGAUGAGAACAGAAAUUGUGCUCUGGUGGCACGGCGGCAGCGGGAGGCCCUAUUAGCUAAAGUGGUGCUUCAGGUUAAGAACAGUUUCAGGUUAAGAACAGACCUCCGGAAUGAAUUAAGUACUUAACCCGAAGUACCACUGUAUUACUUUACAAUAUGAAAAUUUAAUUUCUUGUGUGGCCCAUGAGUUCUGUGUUGCCAUACUCUAGAGGGUCUUAUUAGCAGUUUGUGUGAAUGAGCCAAAAAGAUAAGUGGGGAGAGGGCCACAGCUUUGUGGAAGAGCAUCUCCUUUGCAUGCAUAGGUUCCUGAGUUCAAUCCUCACCACUUCCAGGUAGGGCUGGGAAUGUACGCAGCCAGGACUCGUGCAGAGAUGCUGCCAGCUGGUGUAGACAACACUGAGCUAGAUGGGUCCAAUCGCAGCUUGCCAAAUCCUUCCUUGGUGCACGUAGGUAGCUGGUAGCUGAGCUUCUCCUUGCAGCCCUGAAAUCCGGAUGCUGUUUGUUGUUGUUGUUUUAAAAAAUAAUUGUCAUUACCAAUUCUUUCUAGCUUCAUUCCUGCCAUCAAUGAUUUGACUUCAGAGCUGGACGCCGCAGAUUCCAAAAACAAAGAGAUGGAGCUGGAACUGAGCACUUUGAGGAAAAAGCUCACCUCGGCGCUGGUGCUGGAAAAACGGCUUCAAGAGUAAGAGCUGGUCAGAAGUUUCCUUUAUGCUUUAAUUUUCUCCACUGAGCUCAGCAGCUUCUGUAGGGUUGCGGACACACUGGCAGCCAGGGUGGUGGUUUUUUUAAACGUUAGCAGUUGAAUUGCAUCAUGUGCCUUUUGAUCUCACGGCUUCUCCUCUUCUUCCUCCUCCUCCCUCUAUAUUUAUUUAUACCCCACCUUUUGCCAGUGAAGGUGGCUUGCAGAUAAAAUAAGAACAGCUAAAAACUUAGGGGGGAAACCAUUACAAAGCAAUUAAGCAUUAAUAGAAUGAAAACAGUACAGUCGUACCUUGGAUCUCAAACGCCUUGGCUCCUGAACAAAUUGGCUCCCGAAUGAUCAAAACCCGGAAGUGAGUGUUCCGAUUUUCAAACGUUCUUUUGGAACCCAAACGUCUGAUGGGGCUUCCGUGGCUUCUGAUUGGCUGCAGGAGCUUCCUGCAGCCAAUCAGAAGACGCACUUUGGUUUUCGAAAGUUUUGGAAGUCGAACGGACUUCCUGAAUGGAUUCUGUUUGACUUCCAAGGUAUGACUGUAGAUAGAUAGAUAGAUAGCUGUAGAUUGAUAUAUUCUAUUAAAAGCAUACAGGUAAUAGCCGCAAAACAGCAUGCAAAGUGCAUUGUGGGCCAUUGUGAUUCCGGCCUGACUUCCAACAACAACAGAGCCACAAACAUCAGUCACCAUCAUUACAUGCAUCUUAGACUUAAACAUAGGUAAAGGUUAAAAAAGGUAAAGGGUCUUAAACAUAUAACUUAAUAAACAUAUAACAUAAUACAGUGGUACCUUGGGUUACAUACGCUUCAGGUUACAGACUCCGCUAACCCAGAAAUAGUACCUCGGGUUAAGAGCUUUGCUUCAGGAUGAGAACAGAAAUCGUGCUCUGGCGGCGCAGCGGCAGUAGGAGGCCCCGUUAGCUAAAGUGGUGCUUCAGGUUAAUAGCAGUUUCAGGUUAAGAACAGACCUCCGGAAGGAAUUAAGUACUUAACCCGAGGUACCACUGUAGAAGCCCUCCAGAUGUCCACACAAAAUUGAUGUCUAUAUGAAAAAAGUUCAAAUGUAGCUGGUGCUGUUAGGUGCACAGAUCGUUGUUUUUAAUGGGCAGUGGGUAUUUAUCCUUCCAGGAUCUUAAGUCUAAGCUUCUUAGCAACCACAGGGAAUUGCUGGGUCCACUUCUGUUGACUUGCUGUUAACCUCCAUUCUGUAGGAUUAAAAGCUCAUGAACAUUUACAAAUGGUUUUACAUUUGGCCAUCAAACCUGAGGUCUCUCCACAACUGCCUUCAGGGAAAAUAUUCCAUAUUGCAGUCUUUGUUGUGCCUCUGCAAAUCCCAGUCUCAUGGCAGGCGGGUUUGCCAGGGUAUGUUUGGGUUCAUUCCAGGGUUGUAGAUUCCAGAUCCUACUAGCCCUGUUCAAUGGAAGUUUGCAUGAAGUUUCUUGAGCUGUUCUGGGAGCAGACAAGCAGUUUGGUUUCUGGCCUCCUUGGAGAUGAUGUAGGCAUUUAGCAAAGGAUUUCUGCCACUGAUAAGAAGUCUUUGCCGUUUUUGUUGUAGUGACCUUAAGAAAACCGAAGAACUACUGGUAGUGGAAAAAGCGAAAGCUGAUAACCGGACCCAGAACAUGAAGUUCCUGAAGGACAAAGUGGAAGAUUUCAAAUUCAGAAUCAAGGCAGCAGAGGUUAACACAAAGAACCCUUUAUUGGUGUUGCUGUAGGGGAGACUCACUGAAAUAGGAAGCUUGCUUUUACUAAUGCUUUCUAUAGUGCCAUCUUUGUAACUGCAUCUUAGGCGAGUGGCGUAAUAAAAUAUAAACCCCUGCCCCAAGGAGCUUGCAAUCUGAAUUUGACAGAGUGGGGAGGCAGACGGAGAGGCGUGGGUAACAAAGGAGGAAUGGCUGCCUCUGAAGACUGUUCAGAAGCUCCACCUGGUGCAGAAUUUGGCAGCUGUUUAGCUCACCAGGUUUCGCAAGACGGUUUGAGCAUAUAAUGCUAAUCCUGGUCUGAUGGCACCGGCUGUCAAUUAGCUUCCAGGCUCCAUUGAGAAUGAUGUUUUUGACCUGUAAAGCUUUAGACGGCUAAGGACUGCAAUACCUCAAAGAAUCCUUCUCCCCAUAUAAACCCUGAGAUCAUCCUCUGAGCCCUUUCUGUGUGUGCCUCCUGCAUUUGAGGUCUGGAGGGUGGUAGCACGAAAAGGGGCCUUUUCUGCAGUGCCUGCCUGUUAGUGGCUCCCUUCCCAGGGAGAAUGGUCUGGUGCCUUCCUUAUACAGUGGUACCUUGGGUUAAGAACUUAAUUCGUUCUGGAGGUCCGUUCUUAACCUGAAACUGUUCUUAACCUGAAGCACCACUUUCGCUAAUGGGGCCUCCCACUGCUGCCGCGUUGCCGGAGCACCAUUUCUGUUCUCAUCCUGAAGCAAAGUUCUGGGUUAGCGGAGUCUGUAACCUGGAGCGUCUGUAACCUGAAGCGUCUGUAGCCCGAGAUACCACUGUACUCUUGAACCAGGCCUUGCAGGGCUGAUUAAAAUUCUACUGCCUUUUAAAUGUGUUGGGGAGGGGGUUAUUGUUUCGUUGUUUUCAUUUUAACUAUUUGUGCUUGUACAGUGUACAGUGGUACCUUGUACAGUGGUACCUCUGGAUGCGAACGGGAUCCAUUCCGGAGCCCCGUUCGCAUCCUGAGUAGAACGUAACACGUGUGUGCAGGUCGCGUUUUACCGCUUCCGUGCAUGCGCGUGAUGUCAUUUUGAGCGUCUGCGCAUGUGUGAGCGGCGAAACCCGAAAGCAACGCGUUCCGUUACUUCUGGGUCGCCGCGGAGCGUAACCUGAAAACGCUCAUCCUGAAGCAUAUUUAACCCGAGUUAUGACUGUAUUUUUAUCUUCUGAACCGCCCUGAGAUCUUGUGAUGAAGGGCAGUACAAUCAUACCUUGGUACCCAAACGCCUUGGUACUCUGACGUUUCGGCUCCCGAACGCUGCAAACCCAGAAGUGAGUGUUCUGGUUUGCGAACGAUUUUUGGAACCCGAACAGCCGACGGGGCUUCCAUGGCUUCCAGUUGGCUGUGGGAGCUUCCUGCAUCAAACCGGAAGCUGCGCCUUGGUUUCCGAACGUUUUGGAAGUGAAACGGACUUCCGGAACAGAUUCCAUUUGACUUCCGAGGUACCACUGUAUAUCAAUUUAAUAAAUAAUAAAAUGAUGGCAAUUUAGCUCAGUGGGGGAGCGCCUGGCUUCCAUGCGAAAGGUCUCAAAUUCAACCCCUGGCAUGUCCAAGUAGGACUGUGAAAGUCUCCUGUCAGUGUAGACUAUACAGAAUUAGGAGGACCAACAGUCUGACUCAGUGCAAAGCAUAUGUUCGUGAAGCAGAAUGGCAUUUUUGCUAUUUUUAAUGAUAUGGGAACUAGCAAGAUGACUUUUUCAUCUCUGUCUUUUUCUUGAGGGUAAUCCUACAAUGCGUACCGUCUGUUGAACAGAAGUCAUUGCUUGCCCUCUUAUCCUGGGUUUUUUGCUUUGUAUCUCUUGGCAGGAACAAUUAUCUCUGUGUGGGAUGGAUGCUUCACUGACUCACGAGUCUCUGGUGAAUCUCUCAGAGGUGGGUGUUUCGCCUUGAAUUUUGACGGUGUUUGAAAAUGACACACGCUGGUUGGCAUUCAACCUGGAUGGUAGGGAGGAAAUGCCAUUUACCCAGAUGGCAGUUGGCUGUGAGCUUGCUAGAGAUGGUGAGAUCAGCUCCAAAUGCCUCUGUGAUGCGUGUUUCAGAGAAUGCAAAGGGAUUCGGGUUUUACAUCAAAGGGCGGGCCCCUAGUGCUAACUGAAAUACUGCAAGAGAGAAAUAAUAAUAAUAAUAACUUAUUAUUUAUACCCCGCCCAUCUGGGUUCUUGACUCACAAGCUAUGAAAGAUACAAACAAAAAUUGGGUGUUUUGUAUUGGGGGGUGGGAAGCCAUAGGCUGUAAUUGUAAAUAAUAAUAAUACUGCCGUCAACAUCUUCAUUCAUUCAUUCCCCGCCCAUCUGGCUGGGUUUCCCCAGCCAUUCCGGGCAUCUCCUAUUCCCAUUUCUUCUGCUUGGCCUCCACCCCUCCUGCAAUUUCAAUACAGAUUAAGACGGGGGAUUUUGGCCACUUAGAUGUUGCUAGACUACAUUUCUCACCAGCCCUGAUCAGAAACUCUGAACCAAACUCUCCAGUCCAUUCUUCCCAAAAUAUGGAAAUUAAGUGGGUAGAUUAAAAAAGGUGAAGGUAAAGGACCUCUGACAGUUAAGUCCAGUCGCGAACGACUCUGGGGUUGCGGCGCUCAUCUCACUUUACUGGCCGAGGGAGCCAACAUUUGUCUGCAGACAAUGAGUCAUGUGGCCAGCAUGACUAAGCCGCUUCUGGCGAACCAGAGCAGCGCAUGGAAACUCGGUUUACCUUCCCGCCGGAGCGGUACCUAUUUAUCUACUUGCACUUUGACAUGCUUUCGAACUGCUAGGUUGGCAGGAGCAGGGACCGAGCAACGGGAGCGCACCCUGUCACAGGGAUUUGAACCACUGCCCUUCCGAUUCGCAAGCCCUAGGCUGUGUGGUUUAGACUACAGCGCCACCCGCGUCCCGUGUGUAGAUAGGCAUGCAUAUUUUGCAGACUGCUUUGAAGUGUCGUUUAUUGCAGAUCGUGAGGCUAAAAAGCAUCCACCCAAACCUUGCAUUUAUUUAUUUCUGGUGGGAGAAAGACAAAGUCACUGUGUGAAUGGUUUGUUUUGUGUUUCCAUCCAUAGAAUCUAGCGGAAUUAAAGAAGCAGGCGGUACCUUUGAAGAAGAAACUGGAGUCGUAUCUGGACCUGACCCCUGUAAUCUGCCGUACCCUGCUUCUCUUAGAACUGUAGAAUCCUAGAAUUGUAGCUCAACUUCCAGCAGAGUUCCCCAAUAUGGUGCCAAUUGACAAGGAUCAUGGCUGCUGCGCCCCAAAAUGCCAGGAAAGCACCAGAUUGCCCAAGGGCUAGUUUAAAAUAUUGGCAUGUAUCCCUUGGCUCAGUAUGCUUUUGGAAGUUUGGCCUGACAUGAGGGUUAUGGGUUAGCAGACAUUUGAAAGGAGCUUAAAACAUGAUUGCAGAGCUUUCUUUGCUGCCAAGGGUAUAGAAUUGCUAUUAUUUCUACAGCACUUGCACAUAUAUGCACGCUAUUCUGCUUGUUUGAAAAUAAAUAAAUGUCCGCAAAUGUUGCUCCAGUUAACAGUUGCAGUCCUUUGGGUGGUAGGUUGCAGACAUAUGUGGCAAGAAGGAAGGUGGGUAGGGUUGUUUGAGCGGUCAAGAAACUUUAGGUUGCUGCUGGACACUGAAGUGUCUUUGUUCCAAACUCACUCUUCUUCAUUGCCUAUCCGUCUACAUUUCAUGGAAUGAUUUCUGAUAGCACCGGAGUGUGUGCUGAACAAAUGCACUUUUAAAACACUCUCUUUUUAAAGUUUUUUGGGGGGGCAGCAAUAACUCCAUAGACCUUUUGCUUGAUUUCAGAAAUUCAGACAGGAGAGUGUAAAACCCCUACGUCUGCCUAAAUGUCUUUCUACUGCUCUUUUCAGAGUCCUUCUCUCGCACGAGUGAAGAUCGAAGAAGCAAAGAGGGAGCUGGUAGGUGCUUUUGUUGGUAUUAAUACGUUCUCUUAGUUGCACUGGUGGACAGGCUGGUCUUCUGGGCUAUUUUGGUGCAUUUUUCUUGUUUGGGGAUAUUUUGGAGGGGUGGGCCAGACCUCUUCUGUCCUAAAGGCAGCAUGAGAAAUUGCCACCUCCCUAUAUAAGCUCAAGCCAUUGUCCAUCUCUGCCUUCCCCUAAAGUGCUUUGUGCUUAUCUCUGCACAUCAAGCAAUGGAGAGAGAGGUUCAAGUGCAAAUCUAAGCCUGUCAACCAUUUCUCUUUUUCACAUUUAUUUAAAGGUACAGUGGUACCACUGGAUGUGAACGGGAUCAGUUCCGGAGCCCCGUUCGCAUCCUGAAGCAAACGUAACACGUGACUGCGCAUGUGCGGGUCGCGUUUCGCCGCUUCCGCGCAUGCACAUGACGUCAUUUUGAGCAUCUGCGCGUGCGCGAGCGGCGAAACCUAGUAGUAACACGUUCUGUUACUUCUGGGUCACCACAGAGCACAACCCAAAAACGCUCAACCUGAAGCGCAUUCAUCCCGAGGUAUGACUGUAAAGAGACCCCUGACCAUUAGGUUCAGUCGUGGACGACUGGGGUUGCGGCGCUCAUCUCGCUUUAUUGGCCGAGGGAGCCGGUGUACAGCUUUCGGGUCAUGUGGCCAGCAUGACUAAGCCGCUUCUGGCGAACCAGAGCAGCGCACGGAAACGCCGUUUACCUUCCCGCUGGAGCGGUACCUAUUUAUCUACUUGUACUUUGACGUGCUUUCGAACUCCUAGCUUGGCAGGAGCAGGGAUCAAGCAACGGGAGCUCACUCUGUCACGGGGAUUCGAACCGCUGACCUUCUGAUCGGCAAGCCCUAGGCUCUGUGGUUUUAACCCACAGCGCCACCCACAUCCCUUUCACAUAUAUUUACUUGUUAAAUUUAUAACCCACUUUUUUUCUCCAAGAAGCUCGAGGUGGCGUACAUGGUUCUCCCCCUCCUCAUUUAAUCCCCACAAAACCCCUCUAAGGUGUUAUGGACUAGAUCAUCCCUGACCAGUGGCCAUGGUGCACGGAGAUUAUAGUUCCACAACUUCUAAAAAAUUUUCAUUCUGAACUAUUCUGUUUCCUUCACUACGUUGGCUUGACCAUCCUGUCUCUGUUAAGGGUUUUGAAUGUCUGAACAUUUUUUAUUGUAUUGUUGGUUGGUGUUUGCUUUGUGUAUCGGGUUUGCCGCUUUGCGAGAACAUGCUCUUAAAAAGUGGGAUAUAAAUCUAUUGGAUUAAUGAUACCUGUCAUCCCAAUUUUCUUUUUGGUUGGUUUCAGCUUGUGGGAAGCAUCUGUAUGGUACGUUGCCAUACCAUACCAUGUUUGUGUAUUGGGGAGGAUGUCUCAUCCAAAUAUUGUGGCUGACUUUUCUCUCCUUUUUCUAGGAAGCUCUUGAGGCCGAGGUUUCAGCAAAGGUGGAUAUGACAGCACUUUCGGUCCCUUUAUCUACCAAACGUCACUUUUCCUAAUGACCUUGGUGCAGAAACAAAAGAGCAGUUCUACAUUGUAAAUUCUGUGGCUCUUGGUAUAUCUUUCUUAUGUUCAUGUGGCCUUUGCCCUCUCUCCUUUACUUCCCUUUCUCCAUUUUUUUUUAUUCUAAAAAAAUGUACAGCUUCGUGUUUUGCAUACAUUUCUCUCUAUUUCCCCCAUGAGAAUGAACAAUAAAACAGUGUUUCUGAACCAUCCUUUACAAUC